AUGAACAAUAUUAUAGGAAAUACGAGUAGAACUACAGAUAUGAAUACUACCGAAAUUAAUAGUGGCAAUGACGGUUAUCAAUCUCAAGAUGAAGAAGUGUUUGAUGGUAACGAUAUUGAAAACAAUGAAACAAAAGUUUAUGAAGAAUCAUUAGAUUUAAACUUGACAAAUAACAAUAGACAAGUUUGGCUAGUUAGGCUACCCAUGUUUUUAGCCAAAGUUUGGAGAGAUAGAAAUAACUUACAUGGUCAAGAAUUGGGUAAAAUUAAAAUUAAUAAAGAUGGUAGUAAAAUUAAAUUAAUGUUAAAUGAAAAUGAUAAUGAUUCAAUUCCACAUGAAUAUGAUUUAGAAUUAACGAAGAAAGUUGUCGAAAAUGAGUUCGUAUUUACUGAACAGAAUCUAAAAAAAUAUCAGCAGAGAGAAAAAGAAUUAGCCGCUGAUCCUGAAAAACAAAGACAAGCUUAUCUUAAGAAACAGGAGCGUGAAGAAGAACUAAAAAAAAAACAACAACAACAGAAAAGACGUAACAAUAGGAGGAAGUUUAAUCACCGUGUGAUGACUGAUCGUGAUGGUAGAGAUAGAUAUAUUCCGUAUGUUAAGACUAUUCCGAAGAAAACUGCUGUGAUUGGUACUAUUUGCCAUGAAUGUCAAGUAAUGCCAUCUAUGCAUGAUCCAAAUUAUAAUAAAAUUGUUGAACAAAGACGUAACAUUGUGAAAUAUAAUAAUAAGGAACGUAUUACUACAUUAGAUGAAACUGUUGGUGUAACGAUGUCGCAUACCGGUAUGUCUAUGAGAUCGGAUAACUCUAAUUUCUUAAAAGUUGGUAGAGAAAAGACAAAGAACAAUAUCAAAUCUAUUAGAAUGCCAAAGAAAGAAAUCUUGGAUUACUUAUUCAAGUUAUUUGAUGAAUAUGAUUAUUGGUCAUUAAAGGGUUUAAAAGAACGUACAAGACAACCUGAAGCUCAUUUGAAGGAAUGUUUAGAUAAGGUUGCCACCUUAGUGAAGAAAGGUCCCUAUGCCUUUAAGUAUACUCUGAGACCGGAAUAUAAAAAAUUAAAGGAAGAAGAAAGAAAGGCUACUUUAGGUGAAUUAGCUGAUGAUCAAGGUGCAGAUGGCCAGAACUCAGAUGGAAUGCUGGGAGAAGGCCAUGAAAAUCAAGAAGACCAAGAAGAAGAAGUCGAAAUGGAGGAUGUUAUAUGA